AUGAAUACUAUAAUGUCAACUACAAUUAUUCCAGAUAUUUACCGUCAUAUUGCACGUAAAAGUACUGUAACAAGAAAUAUAAAGCCUCCAUCUAAAAAUGUAUCUUUAUGUACAACAACAUUAAAUAUUGAUAAUAAUUGUAAAGAAGAACAAUCAAUUUUUGAUACAAUAAGAUAUGAUAUUAAAUUAGAAAAUGAAAUUUCACGACAAGAACGAUCAUUUGUUAUGAUACCUGAUAAUGAAACUGAACAAAUGAUUGUUGAAGAAAGCACUGAAGAAAUUAUUCGUGAUCUAUUGGAACAAAUGAUAAAUCAAAUUCAUGAAGAUUUAUUAAAUCAGACAGAAAAUUCUGUUCAAUGUGUAACAAAUAAUUCAACAGAUAUUCAUAAUACAAUUGAUUCACUUAUGAAUUAUAUUGAUGGCAAUAAUAAUGAACAAAGUAUUGAUACAACAAAUACUGAAUCUCUGGCUACGACAAAUGAAGUACAUAUGGAUGAUGGAACUGAAAGUUUAAAUGAAGAAGUCUCAAUGGAAAAUGAACAACAACAAUCUUCAAUACUUUCGCAAUCACAAAAUGAUGAAGAUAUUGUAGAAAUUGAAGCAUCAACAUCUGACACUCAUCCACCAUUAUGCACCUGUCAAUGCCAUCAAACUAUAUCAAAUUCUCAAUCGGCUAAUGAAUAUCUUCAAUUUGAACAAGCGUUACGACAAACACGUCAAGAACAACAACAAGAUCGAUCAUUAAAUAAUAAUCGUCUUAUACAAACAUUAAAACGUCAACAUGAAGAUUUAAUGAAUUUUUAUCAAAAACAAUUAUAUAAAAGUAAAAUUGAUCGAGAACAACAAACAACUAAAAUCAAUCAACAUGAUUCACAAAUACAAACUGAUAUAUCAACUAUACAACAACAACCACCACCACCACAAAAUUUAAGACCAACUACGCUUCAAAUUAAUGGAAAACAUUCUACACCAAAUUCAAAAGGUCCACCAGCAACAUCUAUACGUCCUUUCAAUAGUUUUCUUACUCCAAUUCGAACGACAGGUCCAUCAUUACAACAAUUAAUACCUUGUUUAACAACAACGUCAACAGCAACAACUACAACAUUAACUAAUAAAACGGCAUUAGUUAAAAAGACUACAUUAGUUGCAGCAACUAAUCCUCAACCAUCAAUACUUCCAACAACUUCGCAUGAUAUUGUCGAUUUAACAGAAGAAGAUGAUGACAAUAAUAAUAAUAAUACUAAUGGAGUAUCCAUACCUACUAAACUACAACAAAGUCCUGCAACUCCAACACCUGUAACUACUAAUAUUCAACCAACAAAUCGUUCAAAUUCCAUGACUCCACUUGGACAGACAUUUCCUUUACGUCCAUUACCUGAAUGUCCAAAAUGUGAUCAUACAAUAGCACGACCACAAUUAAGUAUAGCACAAGAUAAUACAACAGUUCGAUUAACUUGGAAUUUACCAUCAACACCAGUAGAAUCGAUAAAAAAUUAUGAAAUCUAUGCGUAUAAACAAAGUUCAGUAGCAUCAACAACUGAUUGGAAAAAGAUUGGUAAAGUUGAUUCCAUGCGUUUACCAAUGGCAGUUACUCUUAAAGAGUUUCAAUCUAAUAGUUACUAUGCAUUUGCUGUUCGCGGUAUAUCAAAUACUAAUAAUAUAGGUCCUUUUUGUGAACCUAAAAUAAUCUUAACGGGAAAUGCACCUGUUUAA